AUGAUGGAUUCGGUGCCGGUGACGGCGUCGGGGUCGAUGACUUCGUCGCAGCAACAGCAAGCACAGAAGAAGGGAGUCUCGUUCGAAUUCUCCACUUCGCCGGAUCUCGAGACCGGAUUUGAACCGCAGACUCGCGCGCGAUCCAACACAUGGCCGUUACCGCGACCAGAAGGAUACGUGGAGGGUAACGCGCCAACCGCGAAGGAGGGCGCCGAGGGCGGCACCCCGCCCCAUCAGGCGCAGCUCGGUUUGCUGCCGGUGAAGAAGAACUCGUCGAGGAGAAAUGCCUGGGGGAACCUGAGCUACGCCGAUCUGAUCACCCAGGCGAUCACCAGCGCGCCCGACCAGCGGCUCACCCUUUCGCAGAUCUACGAAUGGAUGGUCCAGAACGUCUCCUACUUCAAGGACAAGGGUGACAACAAUAGCAGUGCCGGUUGGAAGGUAAGUGAAUUUUUCCGCUCUCCUUCCCUCGAGUUCACGACCGUCGCGUUCGCCUCUGAGGCAGGCGGCAGGUCGCGGACGGGCUCGCUGCUUUGCCAAGAUCUAAUUUAA